AUGGCGUCCAAGCGGAAAGCAGGAGAGAUGGACGACGCUCCUAUUGAAGCAAAGAGACAGAAGAUAUUGCACGAGCCCCAGGGUUACCCGCCUGGAGUGCUCCCCGGCUUUGACGAACAACUCGCGCGCGCACAAGCGGCCCCUAAGGGGUCCUUGAAGCGGAACGCCGAGGCCAUGGGCGGCGAUUCUACCAGAGCAAAGAGACAGAAGGUCUCGAGCGAGCCCCAGAGCGGCGCGCCGGGCGUACUCGCCAACUACAACGGGUCUGUCGUGGCUCCUUCCCAGUACCUCCAACGUGAGAUUCCGAGGGCCAUGACAGACAUGGUACCUGCCCAGAAUCAGUAUGAUCAGUUCGGGCAGGAGAACUACCAACUCUAUCCCCGACAAUUUCAUCCGCAAGAGCAGAGUACCUACCAGUACCAGGCUCCACUGGAAGCUCGGAAGAAGGCUCCGAAAGGCGUAAUGGGCGGCAAGAGUCAGCAAAAUUUUGAUCCUCGGCAACCGGUCCAGUCGAUGCAAUACCCAGAUCCCGACCAGUUCAAUCCUCCUAUGAACAACCAGUUCAAUCUUCCCAUGGACCAAGGCUAUCGUCACCCGGAUGCCCACCAGUUCAAUCCUCCAAUGGACCAAGGCUAUUAUCACCCGAAUGCCCACCAGUUCGAUCCUCCAAUGAACCAAGGCUAUCAUCACCCGAAUGCACACCAGUUCAACCCUCCAAUGGACCAAGGCUAUCCUCACCCGCCGCCGAAUGCCCACCAACUCACAUACUCGGCAUACCCGCCCAUCGAUCCGGCUCUUGACAUGUAUAUCCCUACGCAAGAGAAUUCAUACGGCAGCCAAUACGUAGCAGCCGAAGCCGUCCAGGUGCAGCAAAAGUUGAACACGAAGACUAACGCAAUCACGCCACAGAUUGCUACGAAGAAACAGGCUUACCAAUCGCAAGAGUCUUUGCAGCAAAAUUCGUGGGAAAGCCCCAACCAGAGAGUAGAUCCUAUUCCGCAGCAACAAAAGUUGAACGCGAAGACUGACGCGAUCACUCCUCGGCUUGCUGCUCAAAAGCAUGCACAGCAAUCACAGGAACAUUCCGAUGCUGCCUUGGUUGACAAGUACCAACUGCCAGAUAAGCAGUUACAGAAGAUUCGCCAAGCUUCACAGCCUAUUAAGCCUACCCAACCCGCUCAGCAACCGGCUCUUCGGGCUAGCUCUCUACCUAACCCAGUCGAUGCAGCUGCUCGAAUCGCACCCCAGAAACCACCUCAACCACCCAACUCCCAGAACUUGAAUAGGUCGUCUGCACAACAAGGUGCAAGACAACCUCCCCAAGCUACCCAAAAGAAUCCAACUCAGAACGACCAAGAACACUUGCCACAGUUCGCUCCGCAGAGUAUCCAACCUGGUUUGAAUGGAAACGUAACUGGCACAGGAGAUGUAGCUCGUAAUGCUCAUGGACAGAAUAUUGGGGGUGAGAAAGGCAAGCAUGACCAGCGCCAGACUAGAAACCUACGGGCUCCGGAUGGACAUGAUCCAGGCAGAGAGAACCCAGAUGGCCAAAUUCGGUUUGAAAACGGUAGACAGGGAGGUCAGGGAGGCCAGGGAGGCCAGAGAAACCAGAGAAACCAGAGCAGAGCUCAGGGAAGCCAGGCAAAUCAGGGAAGCCAGGUAAAUCAGGGAAGCCAGGGAAACCAGAGUGGCAACAGAGCUCAGGGUGGUAACGGAAGUCAUGGUCCAAAUUGGAAUCAGAACACUCAGCCCGCUGCUCUUCCCCAGGUCUCACCCGAAGAAGUGAUGGCCAGGAAUAAUGUCCGUCAGUUGGCCGCAAUGGCACACCAGCAUCAUCUCACUGAUAAGCGUGUGCGUGAUCCGGCUGCGAUGCGCUGGAAUGCGGCGAUGGGACGUGAGGGAACGCAAUUCGAUAAAAAUGAUUGCCUCAUCAAACUUUCAUUCCAACCUGUCAAUUCUGGUACCCCAAAUGCGCCGGAACCCGCCCAAGUUUACGUCGAUUGGGACCUUGCCUUCUAUCACUCACCCGUCCUCGCGGCACACUACGGUCACGAGAAGAACAACUACCGCGAUCCCUUCAAUAUCAAUGUCCGAAUGGGUCCAACAAUGCACUGGCUCCAAAACUGGUUCUACACGAACAAGCUCUUCCCACGUCCGCCACUGUCGAUGGAGCCCAUUCACGACGUCCAAUCUCUGCUGGUCGAUCUCUGGCUCGUCGCCGAAUCCCUCGGAAUGACUCGUCUUCAAAACGAGUGCCUCCACGAGCUUGUCCGUGUGCGCGCCGAGACCAAGAUUGCGUGCUUAGAUGCAACUAUUCUGCUGUACAGUUAUAGUAACGAGGGGUGUAUCCUGCGCAAGUACAUCGUCCAGGAGUACGCGUGGCGAUUUAGCGAAGAGCAUAUCAAGGAGGCCGGCAAGUUCUACCCGCCGGAAAUGAUGGAUGAUCAGGAUGAUCAGGAUGAUUAUGAUGAUGAUGAUGAUGAUGAUGAUGAUGAUGAUGAUGAUGAUGAUGAUGAUGAUGAUGACUUGUAUUAA